GACGGGGAGCAGGAUUGGUCAGAAUCUGUGCCGCUCAGCAAGGAUUGGCUGGAAGAGGACCCAAAGACGAGCCAAUCACAGGCAGAACAGAAAAUCUUCGAGGAGACUAGCUGUGGCACAUCAGGGGCAGCCGUAGCUGCUGCUAACGGUGGUGAAGGACCCCUCUGUGAGGAGGAGGAGCUGCACAUGCAGCCCUGCCCUGCAGGAGACCCAGAGAAGGGGCUGCAAGCCGAACUGAGGCAGGAGCCGGAGGGGGAGGGGGAGCGGGAGCGGGAGCGUCCCGACCACGCUCUCCCCCUUUUGGGGUCCGGAGACUUGGGGCUGGAAUUGCCCUCGGGAAUGGUUUCGGAAGGCUGCGGACGGCGUGGAGGAAAAGCCCCGUGCGAGGCGAGUUCCGAUGCAUCAGCAGAAGCAGAGAGUCGCUGGGGAAUAGAGGGACGGGAGGAGUUCAUCGGCACGUGCUGCGGGAAGACGUUCCCGGACGCUCUCGAGCUGCAGACGCACCAGGACGGUAAAAGCUUCUCCCAGUUCAUCAAUCUUAAAACUCACCAGAUUACUCACACCGGAGAGAAAUGUUUCCGCUGCACGGUGUGCAGUAAGAGCUUUGCCUCUCUCAGCGUUCUUAAGCGUCAUCAGAGUGUCCACACAGGAGAGAAACCACACAGCUGUGACGAGUGUGGGAAGAGCUUUGUCCGUCUCGAUGGCCUUAAGCGUCAUCAGAGUGGCCACACAGGAGAGAAACCGCACAGCUGUGACGAGUGUGGUACGAGCUUUUUCCAUCUCCAUGGUCUUAAGUCUCACCAGAGAGUACACACAGGAGAGAAACCGCACAGCUGUGACGAGUGUGGGAAGAGCUUUCGCCAUCUCCAUAAUCUUAAGUCUCACCAAAGAAUACACACAGGAGAGAAACCGCACAGCUGUGAUGAAUGUGGGAAGAGCUUUGCCCAACUGUGCACCCUCAAGUCUCAUCAAAGGGUGCACACAGGAGAGAAACCGCACAGCUGUGACGAGUGUGGUAAGAGCUUUCUCCGUCUCCAUGGUCUUAAGUCUCACCAGAGCGUACACACAGGAGAGAAACCGCACAGCUGUGACGAGUGUGGUACGAGCUUUUUCCAUCUCCAUGGUCUUAAGUCUCACCAGAGAGUACACACAGGAGAGAAACCGCACAGCUGUGACGAGUGUGGGAAGAGCUUUGUCCGUCUCGAUGUCCUUAAUCGUCACCAGAGAGUACACACAGGAGAGAAACCGCACAGCUGUGACGAGUGUGGUAAGAGCUUUCGCCAUCUCCAUGAUCUUAAGUCUCACCAGAGAGUACACACAGGAGAGAAACCGCACAACUGUGACGAGUGUGGGAAGACCUUUGCCAAACUGAGCAGACUGAAGACUCACCAAAGGGUCCACUCAGGAGAGAAACCGUACAGCUGUAACGAGUGUGGGAAGAGCUUUGCCCAACAGUCCACCCUCAAGGCUCACCAGAGGUUGUACACAGGAGAGAAACCGCACAGCUGUGACGAGUGUGGGAAGAGCUUUGUCCGUCUCGAUGUCCUUAAUCGUCACCAGAGAGUACACACAGGAGAGAAACCGCACAGCUGUGAUGAAUGUGGGAAGAGCUUUGCCCAACUGUGCACCCUCAAGUCUCAUCAAAGGGUCCACACAGGAGAGAAACCGCACAGCUGUGACGAGUGUGGGAAGAGCUUUUCCCAACUGACCAACCUCAGGACUCACCAAAAGGUCCACACCAGGGAGAAACCGUUCGUUUGCGCGCAGUGCGGUAAAAGCUUCUCCCAUAUCAGCAAUCUUAAAACUCACCAGAUUACUCACACCGGAGAGAAAUGCUUCCGCUGCACGGUGUGCAGUAAGAGCUUUGCCCACUCUAUGAUCUUAAGCAUCAUCAGUGUCCACACAGGAGAGAAACCGCACAGCUGUGACGAGUGUGGGAAGAGCUUUUCCCAACUGACCAACCUCAGGACUCACCAAAGGGUCCACACCAGGGAGAAACCGUACGGUUGUACGCUGUGCGGCAAGAGUUUCUCUGACAAUCGUGCUGUUAAGAAACACAUACUUACUCACUCCUAGUGAGGAGUAAAACUGUAAUCUGACGUGUUUGUUGCUAGUUUGCUGCAAUGGUUGAUGCUAAGAUGCGUAGAUACAAUAAAGCAAAAAGGACA